GUGCUUCUCCUCGCAAGAGCCCUCUCUGACCCUCUAACCCAGGCUGGUCAGUCCCAGGACAGGCCCUGCUGUUAUCCCAAAUGGCUAUUUGCUUUCCGUUUGUCUUCCCUCAAAUGUAAGUCCCAUCUGGGAAAAGAGGGGUUUUGCUGACUGCUGAAUCCCAAUGCACACAAUUGUCAUUGCAAAAUCCUCUGAGCACAAUAAUUAUUGGACAAAGAGGCAAAGAAAGCAGUUGGAAGUAAUGGAAAUAGAAAGGAGCAGCUAUGGGGUGGUCUUUUUAAUUUCUCCGAUGCUUUUCACUUUGUUUUAGGACACGCUAAUAGUACAGAAUGUUUGGUAACAUCUGACCAUUGACUGAAGGAAGAGAGUGUUGAGCUGUAAUAGGCAUUUGUCCAUUUCUUGCUGAGUAAAUGAACACAUUUCUGACACAUCCCCAGACACAGCAACCACAGUGUAGGACGUGGUGUGAAAACAUGGGUUUGAGCAAUAUUUUCCAAAUCCUUGAACUUUCGAUUUGCAGGUUAGAAAUCUCUCUGCCUUACUGAGGUUCUACAAAGGGGUGUAAGGAUCCAGCCCUCUCAUUCUGGGAUGCUCUUCUGAAUUCUUUGCUCUUUUCUUGUCCAGGUCAUGAGUGUGAAUUGUUCCCUGUGGCAGGAAAACAGUAUGUUUGUCAAGCGUUUUGCAUUUUCCAAAUUCUCUGAGGUUGCAGAGCAUUGCUUUCUUCUGUUUGCCCUGGUCCUGCUGAUGUUCUUAGCCUCGCUGACAGGCAAUGCUCUCAUAGCCCUGGCCAUCCGCACCAACCCCAUCCUGCACACCCCCAUGUACUUUUUCCUGGCCAACCUGUCUUUCCUGGAGAUUGGCUACACGUCCUCGGUGGUGCCACAGAUGCUGCAGAACCUCGUGAGCGAGGCCCCAGGCAUCUCCAGGGAGGGCUGCACCACGCAGAUGUUUUUCUUCACAUUCUUUGGCAUUAGUGAGUGCUGCCUGUUGGCAGCUAUGGCUUUUGACCGCUACAUGGCCAUCUGCUCCCCGCUCCACUAUGCAACACACAUGAGCCGUGGGAUGUGCGCCCGCCUGGCGCUGGUCUCUUGGGGAGUAGGCUGCACAGUGGCCCUGGGCCAGACCAAUUAUAUUUUCUCCUUGGACUUCUGUGGCCCCUGUGAGAUAGACCACUUCUUCUGCGACCUCCCCCCAAUCCUGGCACUGGCCUGCGGGGACACAUCUUGCAACGAGGCUGCAGUCUUCGUGGUGGCAGUCUUCUGCAUCUCCAGCCCGUUUUUACUCAUCAUUGUUUCCUAUGGCAAGAUUCUGGCUUCGGUGCUGGCCAUGCCCUCUCCUGAGGGUCGCCAUAAAGCCCUCUCCACCUGUUCCUCCCACCUACUUGUGGUGACCCUCUUCUACGGCUCUGGCUCAGUCACCUACCUGAGGCCCAAGGCCAGUCACUCUCCAGGAGUGGAUAAACUGCUGGCCCUCUUCUACACGGUGGUGACUUCCAUGCUCAACCCCAUCAUCUACAGUUUACGAAACAAAGAAGUAAAGGCAGCUCUCAGGAGAACCUUGGGAAACAAGAAGGUUUUGACCCAGGGUUAGGUCCCAAGGACCACGCAGCUAUGCACCUUGGAAGAGACAUCUUGUGAAACCAUCACUGUCAGUUUGAAGUCUCUGGACUCAGAACUACUUUCUGAUUUCAAAUUCUUCACACAAGUUGGCUGCUGAAGAAUUUUCCUAGUGAUAUUAGAUAUGUUUUUGAAAGCAUUUUAGUCUGGGCUCAGCAUGUAAAUUUACAGCAUAUGUCUCAGAAGUUCGGUGGUUUCUCACUCCACAUCUGCAGAUAUUUCCUUAAUCCGAGCUCCUCCACCAGGCUCCUCCACCAUGCAGCUUCCUCUGGGAGUCACCUACCAUCUGACUGCAUAUCUUCAUACUGUCCUCAGUGGCUCUUAAUCAUCUAAUAAUUCACAGUGUAUUAUUUCUUCCCCCUGAAAGUGUUUUAAAAUUCUUUAGUUGUAAUUAUUAACACAAAAUAUACUCACAACAUGUCUGUGAUUUGAGUUGAUAGUAUAUACUCCAAAAAACCAUGCUUUUAGUCUUCAGAGAUAUUUGCUACAAAACUUUAGCAGAAAAAUAUAGGAAAUUGUCAUCAAAAAUAUAUAAAGUGUUUAACACAAAAUAGUUCACACAACAUGUUCUGUGAUUUGAGUAUGCCAGGCAAAUAUGUAAAUAGUACAAAAAAAGAAAUUUUAAACAUCAGAGAUAUUUGCUACAAAACAUUAGAAUAAAAAUACAGAAAACCUUUGUCAAAAAUGUUUAAAAUGUUUUUAAAGAAAUGUAAAUAAUAUUAAAAUUCAAGAUAGUAGAAGAAAUCCAAUUAAGAAAUAAUGAAUAUGAACCAUUAAAUUAAUACACAAAUUUCCAUAGUGCAGAUGAAUCCUGACUCAUUACACUUGGAAAUUGUUGAAAAAAAUUUUCCUUGAGAGAAAUGAACAUGAUUAUACCAUAAUGCAGCAGCCACAGGCAUCUAUCAAGGCCUUACCAUCAACUGGAAUGUCUCGGUUUCAGAGAACUGCUUUGCUAACCUUUAAUCAAUGAAGAACUAACCACUACUCACACAAUGUGACAGAUAGUGGGAAACUGUGACUGCUACCACGAAAGAAGUUUAUAUUCCAAACAUGAUUUAGCAGAAUUUGUUGUUUCUACAGCCAGGGGCAAAUAUUUAUGUUUGUCAAUGAACUGGUGUGUAUUUUGCCAGAUAUCCCUCUAUUACCAGAAACUGUCCAAUCCAUGUAAACCAAAUGCUUUGUGUUUUUUAUAUGUGUGAAUAAUAAUUAAAAAUGGCAUAAUCAGAACAUGCAAAACUUGCUGACAAUUGUGCUACAGCUAUGGUGGGACUAUUUGGUGCAGACAUCAGACAUUGUUAUGGUUUAUUCCCACAUGUUACCAGGCACCUUAUACACUUACAGGCAGGCUUUUCAAUCAUGAAUAGAUUGUGGGGUCACUACAGUUAAAUGUGCUGUUAGGGCGCAGUUGAAGAGGCAGGGCACCAGGCGUGUGCCCGGAAAGAGUGUAUCUCCCUCUCAGCUGGUCCCUUGCAUCUCUGUUUGUUGAACACCAUGAUGUGAGUAGUUUCCUCUGCCAGGCCCCUUGGACGUACUGUUUCUUCUUUGAAGCCAGCUGACCAUGGACUGAAACGUGGCCAAAAUAGGCCUCUCCUUGAAGAUCUGUAUGUCAAGUGUCAUAUUCCAGCAACAAGAAAGUGACUAAGGUAGAGAUGGUAAUUUAUGUGUACUUACCUAGGGAGAAAUAAAUGACUUAUUAAAAAUUAAAGUGAGUAAAAUGUUUAUAUGUGACCCUUUUUAUAAAAACAUUAUUAAUAAGUUGAAAGGAUCAAAUAAAAUGUUAACAGCAA